AUGUAUGGCUUGACCCCGCCGGCUUCUGCGGCCGGAGCGUGGGCCCCCUCAGCGACCGAAACAUGGGACACGACCCGCAAUGACCAGCAUCACGAGCCAGCCCACUACGUGCCUCACCUCGACAGCACCAUGUAUCAAUCCGGAUGGGAGCAGCACCAUGGGCACUAUGACACCUAUUCGGCACCCCAACAUCCUCACCAUCACCAUCAGCAUCACCUUUCCGCCGGCCCCUUCGCCGAAGCUCCGGCCGGACCCCCUGUGACGGCACCAAUAGCUCGAGCGUCAUCGACUGGCGUCGAUCACCACCGUUCGACCUCUUCGCCGUCGCACUUUUACGAUCGCCAUGACGUUAGUCGCGUGUCUUCUACCUCGGUGAUAUCUCACCAUUCCGAUCCCCCUUGGUCGGACCCUUCGCCAUUGCAAGAUCCUCAUCUGGCCGCCGCUCGUCAUUCUUCCCCCGUUUCAGCCCACCCUUUGGGCGCGCCGUACGCCACUUCGAGCUCGGCGAGCUACCGCACCGCGGCCAUGUCGCACCCGCCUCCGCGUCCCACUGCCUCCGCUCUGGCAUCAAACCCUCCCCAUCACGUGCGCGUCGGUAGCAACUCAUCCACGAGUGCGGUGUCCUAUGACAGUGACCGCCUUUCAUCGAUCAGCCCUCCUGUCAGAGGUAGCGACGGCACCCUGAGCCCGCCAACGACGGUCCGAUCUGAUUCGAGCUCUGACGAAGCCCACGAACAAGAGAAGGCUCCGGCUUCGUCUUUGUUCGACUCAAGUCCGUCGGGUUUGUCAGCGAUGGCCAAGAAUCCCACGGUGAACGCUACUGCGCCGGGAAGUUCGACCCUCGUCGCUGCGGAAUCCCCUAAGCGCUCUUACCCGGGCGCCAAACGAGGUCGCAAGCCCAAACCCCCGCCUUCGCCCGAGGAAGCCAAACGAAACCGCGAGAUCUGCCUCGAAAAGAAUCGCAUCGCUGCUCUGCAGUCGCGACGACGGAAGAAGAUUAAAAACGGACAACUCGAAAACCGUACGUUGCUAGGCCAACGAUUCUGCUCGCCCGAGACGUGCAUGCUGAUCGGUUGACCUGUCCUAAUAUCAACCCAUGUAGAAGCAAACGAGCUCAUGUUGCGCAACAAGUCUCUGCAAAUCUUUGCGCGGGAUCUUCACGUCGAAUUGAUGCAAUUGCGCGCGCUCCUGGCUCGACUGCCCGGCGGCUUUCCCGACGUCAACGCCUAUCUCGACCGCGAGGCUCAGGGCGGCGGUAUCCCCACCAUCAUGAGGAUUGCGGGACCCACGCUGGAGCGUGACUAUACACCACCAUCAGAUAUUUGAUCGAGUCGGCUUCCUCCUCGUUCAACUGCCGUGUGCCCCAGCGCCUGAGGGUCCAUAAUCGACCCUACCCAAAUCCCUCUCGAAACGCCAACCAUACUGUAGCAUUUAGUCGUAUUAUCGACUGCAUAAUUCGCAUUGUACUCACUGUUGCCCUCUCCAUUGUCGGAGACUUUUCUCGCAUCUUCAGACUCCAUUAUACAUAGCUGCUCCUUUCCCAAUACCUCGUCUACAUACAUUGUUGUGUUUCCAAGUCGCCCAUUACUGUCAACGCUUUGGGCUGUUGUAAAUCUAAUCACAUAG